CGGGGGCGAGGCCGAGGGCGGCGCGCGCACCGCCCUCCGGGUGUCCUGCGCCUCCGCGGGCCCGCGCCUCGCUGACCUGUGGGAUUCGUGCUGGCUCAGGGUCGGGAGGCAGACGCCGCUUCACGAUGAACUCCUUGACGCGGACGGUGCGGGAAGUGCUGAAGGCCAUGGGCAGCGCGCCCUGCUUUGACAGAGUGUGUGACAAGGUGACUCUGGUCUCUGCUGCCCCUGGGAAAGUGAUUUGUGAAAUGAAAGUGGAAGAGCAGCAUACCAACAAAUUGGGCACCCUCCACGGCGGCUUGACAGCCACCUUGGUAGACGUCAUAUCAACAGUGGCGCUGAUGUGCACAGAGAGAGGCGCACCCGGUGUCAGUGUUGACUUGAACAUAACGUACAUGGCACCUGCGAAAAUAGGAGAAGAUAUACUGAUUACAGCGCACAUCUUGAAGCAGGGGAGAACACUUGCAUUUGCCUCGGUCGAUCUGACCAGCAAGGCCACGGGAAAAUUAAUAGCACAAGGCAGGCACACAAAGCACCUGGGAAACUGAGAAAACAGCCUGCAGCCUAAAGAAACAAUGAAUAUCAAAUAUAAACUUGACUUGAACAAAUAUAAUGCUGAAAUAAAUCACCACAACCGAAGUAGCUAAGAAACACUUUCUUGGGAGGAUGGGACCUAGGAACCAAGUAGAGUGGUUGGUGGGCUGUCUGUGUUUCAUUGUAAGCAUCUUCUGUUUUUUAAUUAUAUGCAUAAAUGGGUACAAAAUUCAAGGCUCAAAAUGCUACGAAAACUUGGGUAGGGGCCAGCAUUGUGGUAUACUGGGUUAAGCCACCGCCUUAAUGCUGGUAUCCCCUGUGGGUGCUGGUUCAAGACACAGCUGCUCCAGUUCCAGUCCAGCUCCCUGCUAACGCACCAGGGAAAAGCAGCAAACAACCUGCCACCCACAUGGGAGACCUGGAGGAAGUUCAGAGUCCUGACUAAUUUAGGGCUGGCACAGCCCUGACCUUUGCAGCCAUUUGGGUAGUAAACCAGCAAAUGGAAGAUCUGUCUCUCCCUCUAACUUUCAAAUUAAAAAAAAGUUAAAAAAAGGAAAAAACUUAGGUAAAGCUAAGCGGCUAGAAGGGCCACUCUAAGAUUACUUUAAAUUGACAAGGGUAGGAACCAUCCAGCCUGUGGACCAUGAGACCUACAAAAUCAUUUGGCCUGGCCCUGCCAACUCAACCACAGGCAGGACUGCAAAUUCAGUAAAGCUGUAGCAGGCUGAUUUUUAAGCUGUUAAUUUUGUAAGGCCUGUGAGUGAUGUUAUAAAUAUUCAGAUGGCCCCUGGCCAAAAAAGCCCUGCUUCAAAAGCUAACAUCCAAUACUAAGCUAAAGGAGAAAUGUGAUGGUUGUUUUACUGUCAGGCUGCUAUAAACAAAAUACCAUAGACUCAGUGGCUUAUAACAACUUCCAGUUCCGGGCAGGGAAGCCAAAGGUCGAGGCUCCAGCAGUUUCUGUGGGAUUGAAGGCCAUGAUCUGGUUUACCGAUGCCACCUUCUGGCUGCCCCCACAGGGCAGGACAAGGGAGCACUAUGGGGUCUCCUACAAGGGCAUUAAAUCAAAGUACCCCCUCAAAAAACCCACCUCCUAGUACAUAACAUUAGUGGUUAGGGUUUCAACAGACGAGUUUUAUAAUGCAGAUAUUCGGGUCAUAGCAAUGGCCAAUCCUUAAUUUUAGGGCCUCUCAACUGUAAAAUGGGACACAUUUCCAUUUCUUUCUAACCUCAACUUAAGAUGGCGGGACUCCAAAAUAGAUAAACCAUUGGCCAUAUUAGAAAGUAGAGGCGCCAGGUGUCAAGGUGUAGUGGGUAAAGCCACUGCCUGCACUGUCAGCAUCCCACGUGGGCAUGGGUUCAAGUCCCGGCUGUUCUAUUUCCAUCCAGCUCUAAACUAUGGCCUGGGAAAGCAGUAGAAGAUUGUCCAAGUGCUUGGGCCCCUGUACCCUUGUGGGAGACCUGGAAGAGGCUCCUGGCUGCUGGCUCUAGAUCGGCUCAGCUCUGGCCAUUGCAGCCAUUUGGGAAGUGAACCAGUGGAUGGAAAACCACCCCCCACUCCCCCCGCCUCUGUAUAAUUCUGCCUUUCAAAUAAAUCAAAAAAAAAAAAAAAAAAAAAAAAAGUUGAUUUCGCCACACUGCCUGAAGUAACCCUAAAGGAAGUUUCAGGUAAAGCACAAUAGUGAUAGGAAAUGGUCCCAAUGUUUUUGAUAAUUUACUACAGCACUGGCCAGCAUCUUUUGUAUUAGAGGAAAAUACUAUUAGCCCCUCUUAACACCUAGCAUAAGAUCUUCACUCUCCAUCCCCAGUAUUGAACGUCUAAGUUCACAUAUUUCACCUUCUCGAAGUUCUGUUGACUGGCACUUUCAAUAUUUGUUUUCUGUAUCAGGAAGUCCUAGUGAACAUUUCACAAUUAGACUUGGAAAGAAAGGAGGCAGCUUUAAAUAAAUUUGAAGUGAAGCUAAAAGUUUACCAUGGGGGUCAAGCAUAUGUGGCACAGCUGGCAUUCCGUAUCAGAGCACUGCUUCUGAUCCAGCUCCCAGAUACUGCACCUGCAAAGCCAGUGGAUGAUGGUUCAAGUACCGGGGCCCCUGCUAACCAUGUGGGAGACCAGGAGGAGUUCCUGGCUCCUGCUUUCAGCCUGGCCAUUUUCAGACCUGUUUACAACCAUCUGGGGAGUGAACCAGCAGGUGGAAGCUCUCUCACUGCCUUUCAAAUAGACCUUUAAAAAUUGAAUUCUGCUUCGCCUGUGUAAGAACAGUGGACAGAACAGGGUAUUCAGGGACCCAGAUCUAGACUUCUCCUAUUUCCUACUCAAAGGUACCUGGGAUUCCUGGAAAAAUCUGAUUCCAGGCUGAAGGCUGGGGCAGAAGUUAUGAUAGUGUAUGCCCAAAAGGAAGUGCUCAAAACAAUGACACUGGCAUGCAAGUUGUGCCCCAAGGUGAAAAAGAAUCUUCGUCCAUAAUGUUAAAAUGGGUAAUAAAUGGCCGAAGUUCCUUCCUUACAAUGAAAUGCUAAGAAAUAUAAAGGGAGAGGUACAUUUGGAAAACCACCAUUUUUGCGACCAUCGUAAAGGUCUCAUCAUCUUCAGGAGCUCAUGAUAAAGGACACAGGUAUUUGCCUGUUCCCCCCAAAUGCUAAAGGAGACAGUGCAGAAAUGGGAUAACACCUGGGCCAGGUCAUCAGAAGAGUGCUUUAGAAUAUUAACUUGAGAGGGACAUUAACACCAAUCUUGAACAUGACUCAAAUGCAAAAUGAAGUUGGAAAAACCUCUGGGGCCAGAGAUGCAGCACAGUAGGCUAAGCCUCCGCCUGUGGUGCUGGCAUCCCAUAUGGGCACCAGCUCGUGUCCUGGCUGUUCCUCUUCCUAUCCAGCUCUCUGUUUAUGACCUGGGAAAGCAGUGGAAGACAACUUGGACCCUUGUACCCACAUGAGAGACCAAGAUGAACCUCCUGGCUUUUGGAUGGGCCCAGCUCUAGCCACUGCAGCCAUUUGGGGAGUGAACCAGCAGAUAGAAGACUAUUCUCUCAGCCUCAUUAAAUCUUAAAAAAAAAACUCUACUCCAAAAAAUGUCAAGGUCAUAAAGAGGAAAUGCUGUUCUAGAUUAAAUGGGAAAAGACCACUAAAUGCAAUGAUAAUGUACACAAUUUUAGGAUUUUAAAAUGUUUUCCCUAAACAAGACUGUUAGGACUAGUAAAACUAGAUUAUGGAUGACAAAGUCUUCAAUGUUAUACUCCUGAAGUUUGGUAUUUUUUCUGUAAGAUAUCCUUAUUACUCAGAAUUGUGAUGUAUCAAUAAACCCUCAAAUGGUUCCGUAAUACGUUAAGUACAGAGAAUGAAAACCAAUGUGGAUACAGGUAAUACAAGAGCUUGUGAUGCAACUUUUCUCAAUUUCUUUUUUGGAAUUCAAUACAGUACAAUGGCCAAGUGCUGGCCAGUGCCGCGGCUCACUAGGCUAAUCCUCUGCCUAGCGGCGCAGGCACACCAGGUUCUAGUCCCGGUCGGGGCACCGGAUUCUGUCCUGGUUGCCCCUCUUCCAGGCUAGCUCUCUGCUGUGGCCCGGGAGGGCAGUGAAGGAUGGCUCAAGUGCUUGGGCCCUGCACCCCAUGGGAGACCAGGAGAAGCACCUGGCUCCUGCCUUUGGAUAGGCGCGGUGCUCCGGCUGCAGCGCGCCGGCCGUGGCAGCCAUUGGAGGGUGAACCAACGGCAAAAGGAAGACCUUUCUCUCUCUGUCCACUCUGCCUGUUAAAAAAAAAAAAAAAAAAAAAAAAGGCCAAGUGCUUAGACUCCAGAGCCAGUCAGCUAGUUUUAAAUCCUCCACUAAAGACUUGAGCUUGGGCAAGUUCUUAACCUCUGCACCUAUUUCCCUCAGGGUUGUUUAAUUAAGGUAAGAAGUGAGAACAGCAUCUGGCCACAGUAAACGUUCAAAGUGUUACUUUGAAUAUCUUCCGGGGCCAACAUCCCAUAUGGGCACUGGUUGGAGCACUUCUGAUCCAGCUACCAGGUAGUACGCCUGGGAAAGCAGCAGCAGAUGGCUUAGCUUGGGCCCUGGACCCACUCGAGAGACCCAGAUGGAAUUCCAAGCUCCUGACUUCUACAUAGCCCAGCCCCAGCAAUUGUGGCCAUUUGAGGAGUGAAUCAAUGGAUAGAAGAUUUCUCUGUAACUCUUUCAAGUAAAUAAAUUAAUCUUUUGAAAGACUUCUGAAGAAUUAUUUUAGCUGACCAGAAAGUAUGUGAAAGCUGUUUUUCUUUCCCGUGAAGCAAGGCUGCCAACUAUUGAAAACCGACAAAACAUCCUCGAUUCCUCUACUUACUGAGGAUACAAACCCAACUGCCAAGUUUUUCUGAGGUUAUGGUUUCACCGUGACUUGGAGAAAUAAAGUUACCACUUCAAGCUUUGUGUAUUCACCUGAAUAGUCAGGGAACUUUCACCUAUUUUAUUUAGGUUUUCAUUUUUUUUCAAAUUCCAACCAGAAGCUAAAUACAAUUGGAAACUGGUAAGCAUUAGUUUUACUCCAAAGGAGUAGGAUCAUUCAGAUUUACUCCAAUAAAAGUAUGCAACCCUUAAGCAAAGCCUUUCUUCAUUUAAAAGAAAACAAAACAAAAAAAACUAUACAGUAGUCUUUCCUUAUGUUCAUUGCACAAAUGAGUUCUGCUUUUAGAACUUCGACACUCAAUGGUUUUUUUUUUUUUUACAAUUUAAGAUCCCAACUUUUAUAACUUUUUCUACUCCAAAAACCCUCAUUUUUCUUUAGAAUGGUGUAGAAACCAGUAUUUCUGCACAAUCACUGGAAUUUUCUUUGUAAUUAAAUCUCCUCUUUAAAACCAAAAAGCAAAGUCCUCUACCUAUCAUGGUUUCUGCAGCUAUGAAAGUAUUUCUCAGUUUUAUAGCUGCGUUAGCUACUUCAGACUCCAGAUCUGCUUAUGUGUACAACUGCAUCCACACUCAGCAGAAUACUUUAUAACAGCAACUUAGGGAAAGAGAUCUGGGAAAAAAAUACAUGAGUACCAGGAAACAAAUAUGGCCCAGUAAGAUAUGAGGCAAGACUGCCUACAAUGAGAUGCUUUUUUCACUUAAGAUUUCUUUCCCAUGGUUGGUUUGGUUUUGUUUUUUGUAACCACUCUGGUCAUCAGAAUGAAUCUGACAGUGCUCUGGAACAACGGUGACUAUAGCAAAGCUAUUAAGUUUUUUCAAACAUUAUUUAUACCUGUUACAUCGGUUCUCGCCCUCUAAAUACUGAUGACAGAUGUCAGAGGCAAAAACCCGGACAAAUGGGAAGACCAUCGAGAGUGAGUAUCACCUUGUGCUUUCAGACACAGUGACGCAUUCAGUGCACAAUAGUCCUUUCAUUCACAUUUUCGCAAGAUGCUGAUGCAGUGCAGCGAAUAUGCAAAGCAUCUUCUUUCACACAGUCCGUGCAGAAGACAUCUAAUUUGUUUAAGUUCUGAGAUACAAAUGAUUAAAAAAAAAAAUCCAGAAUGAAGUUUCAAAAUGCAUAGUGU